CUCUCUUUCAUUUCAACUUUCGAACCCAAUCCCCCUCUACCCCUAGGAUUGGGAAGUACUUUGAGAAAGACGUAGGAAAGUAAACCUGCAGCUUUUGAGGAGUGAUUCACAGACUAAAGGGGGUUAUGGAUGAAGAUAGAAUUGGGCUGGUUUUGGUCAGAGUUGCUGAACUGAGGGGUAAAAUUACUAAUUGUGUCCAUAAAGCAGCGACCAGUGGCAAGAAGGAAGAUGGAGAAAGCCUAAGUAAAGACUCUAAAGUAGGCCUUGAUGCUCAAGAACAGGAAGCAGAAGAAGAUGACGAUGAAGAAGCAGCAGAGAGUCUUCUGAAUAUUAGGGAAGCCCUUGAAUCACUUGAGGCCCAGCUUUCUUCUUUGCAGGCUUUACAACAGCAGCAAUUGUACGAGAAAGAAGCAGCCUUAGCGGAAAUUAGAUACAGUCAAAGAAAAUUGCUUGAGAAGUUGAAGGACUACAGAGGGGAAGAAUUGGAAGUCAUUCGUGAGGCAAUUGCUUUUGCUGGUGAAGCCGUAGAAGAUAACAAUGACCUUCUCCUCCCACCAUAUCCAAGCCGGCCUUUGCAUUCUGUGAUGUCUGAUAAUGACUAUUUAUCACAAUUUCCUAGUGCACGUAAGAAAACCCAAAAUGGGGUUGUAAGUGGUGAAACUAAGAAUGCACCUGCAAAAGGUUUCCUUGAAUCAGACACAGACCAACUCCAGCCUGAACCUGGAAGACCAUUGUCCAGGGUAAAAGGUUUCAUCGGUGCAGUAGCAAAGUCAGCGUUAACUAUCGUUGGGGUAUUCUCUGUUCUCAGUUUGGCUGGCUAUGAGCCUCGGUUAAGGAAAAGUGAUAAACAGUUCAAGUUGCUUCACCUCUUUCAGCAACAUCAAUCUGGUGAUGGUGGAAUAACUGUUGAAUGUCCGCCUGGUAAAGUACCGGUCCUUGAAAAUGGUGAAACACGCUGCCUUGUAAAAGAACGAGUUGAAAUUCCAUUUGAAUCUGGGGUAGCCACCCCAGAUGUCAAUUACGGGUGUGGAUGAGAUGAUGUUUUGGGUGGUUAUGUAUAUCUCUGAUCUUCUGACGUUGUUUCCCUUAUAUCUUUCAGUGAAUCUUUUUGUUUUUUUCGGGGUGAUAGUCGAAUAAAGCCUUUCUAGCUGGUUGCAAGGAAGUUUAGGGUAGAAUUAUCUAUAUUUGAGGGUUAACAGUGCUAGUUAGCUUUUCAUUUUUGGAGCUGCAGAUUGCAGAGUCUUCGGAAGCCAAAAAAGCAAACAAAAUUUUUCUUGGUGAGAGUAUUAUUGAUGUGGUAGAUUCA